GAAUACCGUCACCGGCUUAUGGUCCUCUCCGUGACGCCGGCCACCCAAAUUAUGGUUUUGUUUUACUUUUUGCCUCCCAUCGUCACAUUUUUCCUCAAUCCAUCGCCAUCACGCCAGCUCAACCUUCCUCUGGGUCUGGGUAUACCAAACCCCCUCUCUCUCCUCGGAAUCACCCCUAAUGACGUCACACGGGCACUUGUUUACCUUUGUAUUAGCGUCUCCAUUGCGACCCAGUUCUAUGUCGCACACAUCGGCACAUUGCUCGUAUUCAUAACUGUGGACGCCUUGAAGACUGCGUUUUUUUUAAGUGGGAUUAGUUUUGAAACCAUUGGCCAUGACGACUUUUCACAAAGGGAGCAAUUCGUGAGCGCCGUCACACAUCAUCAACGUCUGUUCAGGUUGACCUCAAAAGUGAAGGAAGUUGUUGAGCCCAUACUGGAAAUAACUUUGACUGGAGCCAUGACAUUUGGUGUAAUUGGUGGAUUAGCAAUUAUUCAGGACUUUCGAGAUAACUUCAAAAUGAUAGCCGCUAUCGUAACAAGUCUUGGAUUUAUUUACGCUUAUUUCAUUUUAAUGGGCUCUACCUCUCACAUGUACACGCAGCUGAUGUACAGUUUUUAUAUCGCUUUGAAUUCUGCAACUUUAAAAUACAACAAGAACAUCAAUCUUCAUUCUGUAACAAAUCAUCAUGGUUAG